GAUUUAUUUUGUUUUCAUUUUGGUCGUCCAAGGAAUUAAGCUAAAGUUUUUCCUUCAAGUUGAGCUAUAAAUGUUACCAAAAACAACGAGAAUGCCGGUGCUUAAGGACUCUCACAUUGUAAAGAUUGCAGUGGAAUUGGAGAAUCAGCAGCAGAAUGCCCAACUAAUCGAAUUCGAUCAAAGACAUCCGCUAACUUCCAUCAUCCAGGACCUGUGCAGUAAUUGGAAUAUUCUUGAUGCUGAGAACUACGCGCUACAGUUCUGUGAGCAAAAUUACAAGAACUAUGUGACUGAGAAGAAUCGCAAUGAAGUGAAGAAUGGCUCAGUUCUUCGUUUGAGAUACUCACCAUCCAAGACAGCUCAUGACAUUCUUGAGAUCCUCAAAUGUGGGAAUAUACCGGAGAAGACGCAAGUACUGGAGAAUUUAUCAACACUCAGUAUUGAUCUCACAUUCGCGUUGGAAUUCAUAAAGGAACAAGGGCUCUCGCUGAUUAUAACAAUGAUUGAGGAUGAAAAAGUCGUCGGAGAUAUGCUAAAGUACUCCUUGAUUUCUUUUGUUGAGCUCAUGGAGCAUGGGACUGUGUCUUGGGAUAUUCUGCAGUCAAAUUUUAUUACUCGCAACAUAUUCUUCAUCAACAAUCCCACAACUGUGCCAAAGGAGGUGGUUCAGUGUGCUCUGUCUAUUUUGGAGAAUAUUGUGCAGAAUUGCACAAAGUCAUUGUGUGUGGAGAAGGACAUUACACUGGAUAAUUUACUGAAGCUGCUUCAAGAUUCAUCGUCGCAGGUUAUACAGCAGAAUGCUAUUGCCCUUAUAAAUGCUUUAUUCGUGAAGGGUGAUGAGACUAAGAAAAGGAGUAUUGCUGCAACUUUUGCCACAAAACAGUAUAGAUCUGUUAUCUUAUCGAAUGUUAUAAAUACGAAUAUUGGAACGGAAAUGGCGCAUCAGCUAUACAUUCUCCAAACCCUCACUAUGGGACUCCUUGAGCAUCGCAUGAACACAAAGAUGAAUGCCCAAGAUUCAGAUGCGCACGAUAAAAUUAAGGAAUUACGUCGCAUUGCCUUUGAUGAUGGUAUUGACAAUCAAGCUGAUAGCACGGCAAAACGGCAGAAUAAUCAGUAUUCUACAUAUUACAAGAAAUUAGGCUUUAAAUCAGAUAUAAAUCCAGCACAGGACUUUGUGGAAGCACCUCCGGGAAUGCUCGCUUUGGAUUGUAUGGUCUACUUUGCACGAAAUUUUGGGCAAAACUACAAAAAGGUGGUUCACGAGAACAGCUGCCGUGCAGAUGAGCAUGAAUGUCCCUUUGGACGUACCAGUAUUGAAUUGGUAAAACUUCUGUGUGAGAUAUUAAAAAUUGGUGAAUCACCAUCAGAACAGUGCCAGGACUUUCAUCCAAUGUUCUUCACACAUGAUCAUCCAUUUGAAGAAUUUUUCUGCAUUUGCAUUGUGAUCCUCAAUAAGACAUGGAAGGAUAUGCGGGCCACAAAUGAGGACUUUGCCAAAGUAUUCAGUGUAGUACGUGAGCAGAUAACGCGCAGUCUGACCGGUAGACCGGGCAAUUUGGAUGAUUUUCGAUCUAAAAUCCAUAGCUUGACCUACAGUACGAUCACACAAUUACGACAGCAGGAGAGGACAUCACGUGAGGACAUUGAGAGUACAGCAUCGGCAAUUGUGAAUCUAAAAGAGAAAAUCACCCCGGAGAUUAUGAAGUUAAUUCGAGAGCAACGCCUUGGCUACUUGGUGGAGGGAACACGCUUCUCAAAGUAUUCACGUGGUGUCCGGAGCAAGGAUAAAUUCUGGUACGUCCGCCUUUCACCAAAUCACAAAGUCAUCCAUUAUGGGGACUGCGAUGAGAAGACCGUGCCGACAAUUGAGGAGCUCAGCAAUAAAGUUCUCGUUAUUGACAUAAAGCAACUCCUUGUAGGCAAGGAGUGUCCGCAUAUGAAGGAAAUGCGUGGUCGGAAGUCUGCUGUAAAUUUGGGCUUCUCUAUCACAUUUGAUAACAUGGAUCACGCAACAUUAGACUUUGUGGCUCCGGAUGAAACGACAUUCAACUAUUGGACAGACGGUGUGAAUGCCCUCCUGGGUUUGCCAAUGACCAGCAAACAAAAGGAAGAAGAUCUCAAGACUCUCCUUUCUAUGGAGAUUAAAUUGAGACUCCUCGACACGGAAGGAGUUGACAUUUCCAAGGAACCACCACCUAUUCCCGAAGAUCCAGAGAAUUAUGAUUUUUGCUUCGAAAAUUAACUGUGUCCUACCCUCUACUGGAUGAAUAGAAUAUUUUAACUAAAAAAACGACGCUAUGUACUCCAUCGCUAUCAGUAUGAAAUGCCAAAGUAAGUAUGUAAAAUUUUAAGUUCGUACGAUUUGAUUCUAAAUUUUCUUUUUAUACAUCAUUUUCUUUCUAAAUAUAAGAAUUUCAUUAUACAAAAAUCAAUGUACUCUGCAUUUUAUUUUUAAAAUAAAUCUAUAAAUAUUCUUA